GGGCGCCGGUCGCGUUCUCUUCUUCCAACCCGGCUGGUUGGUGGUCUGCGGGUCCGGUCCUCGUCCGCGCCUCGGGCCCGACAGGGCCUGUGGCCAGCUCCUCUAGCCGCCGUCCCGGCCCGCCGCCCACAUGGCGGCCAUCAAGGCCCUACAAGAGUGGUGCCGGCAGCAGUGCGAGGGCUACCGGGACGUGAGCAUCACCAACAUGACCACCUCGUUCCGCGAUGGCCUGGCCUUCUGUGCUAUCCUGCAUCGACACCGGCCUGACCUUAUAAACUUCAGUGCCCUCCGGAAGGAAAACAUUUACGAGAACAACAAGCUGGCCUUCCAAGUGGCUGAAGAACAGCUGGGCAUCCCAGCCCUUCUGGACGCUGAGGACAUGGUGGCCUUGAAGGUUCCAGACCGGCUGAGCAUCCUCACCUACGUGUCACAGUAUUACAACUACUUCCACGGCCGGUCCCCAAUUGGGGGCAUGGCUGGUGUGAAGAGACCCUCAUCUGACUCGACUGAAGAAUGUCCUGGAAAGAAGGUUCUGCCCUCGCCUGCCAAGGUGCCCUCACCAGCUCCAGCCCAGAGGUCACCACUGUCUCCAGCUAGGACAAACCCUGUGGUUCGGAGGAAUGAGAGUGGCUCAGAGAGGCCAUCUCCAAAGGCUGCUCUGGGAACUGCAGGCAGCUCCGUCAGCAGCAUCUGUGGGAUCUGUGGCAAACACGUUCACCUCGUACAGCGGCACCUGGCUGAUGGGCGGCUCUACCACCGAAGCUGCUUCAGGUGUAAGCAGUGUUCCAACACACUGCACUCAGGGGCCUACCGUGCCACAGGAGAGCCGGGCGUCUUUGUCUGUACCCAUCACAGCCAAGAAGUCACCUCUGGGAGCCCCAAGUUGUCAAAAUUGGCCUCCAGACAACCAGGAGCUGUUGCUGCAGACACCAGGCCAAGCAAUGCCUCACGGAAAGUUCAGGAGGCAAAUGGGCUAGGAGAGGGGACACCGCUAAGGACCAAGGCAGCAGCCUGGGAGCCCGCUGUAGGCAACACAACUGCCAAAGGUUUUGUCCAGACUGAACUCAACCAGCCAGCCACCUCCCGUGUCCAUAUGGAGAGCCCUGUAGGGCCCAGACUGUCCACGAGCCCAGUGGCCACUACUUCUGUGACUAGCAAAGCCAUCACCCACGUGACUAAUAGCUCCCCGACAGGCUGGUCAUCACCUGCCAAGAGCAGUAGCACAGCGGCCAUUGACUCCCGACCCCUUGUGCACCUAAGUACUCUGAACUCUCACCCGUCUGUGUCCCAAGGCCAGGCAACCUCCAGAGGUGUUAAGACUCAGCUCAACUUGAGUACAGCAUCUCCAAACACAGCCACCACCCCAGCCUGGACCUCCGCGGCCUCUAGGACUCAGCAAGCCCGAGAGAAAUUUUUCCAGAAUCCUGCCCCAGCCCCAUCCAAUAACAGUCCUGCCAGCAGGGUCCCCCCUGUGGUAAAUACCUCCACCAGCAAGGUCCCCACUGUGGUGAAUGCCCCCAAUGGCAGGGUCCCCUUUGUGGUGAAUAUAUCCACCAGCAAGACCACCACUGUAGUAAAUGCCCCCACCAGCAAGGUCCCCACUGCGGUGAAUCCCCCCAAUGGUAGGGUCCCCCCUAUGGUGAAUACCUCUACCAGCAAGGUCUCCACUGUGGUAAAUGUCCCCACCAGCAAGGGCCCCACUGUGGUGAAUGCCCCUGCCAGCAAGGUCUCUGCUGCUGUGGAUACCUCUGCCCAGGAGAGCAGCCGUGAGCAAGCGCUAAGUGUACUUAGGAAGGCCCUGCCGGGGCUGACGGGAGCUGGUACCCAGACGUCAGGCAGGUCCUCCCCAGCCACUUCCUCCAUCCCAAUCUCUCUUCCCAAGAAUGAAGUACCCCCAAAAGUUCCCUCACCCAAGCUAUCACAUUCAACCACUCCCCAACCCCCCGCUUUGAAGAUGGAGCCUACCGUCCCCCUGAAUGUGGGCAAUACCUCAUGGGCAUCUGUAUCACUCCAGACUGGCAACAAGAGCCUGGGUUUAUCUCCAGGGGUUGGUAGGACCAGUGCCAGCUCCAGGCCACAAGCAGAAGUGGCAAUACCGAAGGGUCCAGGUUCCACCUCUCAGGAAGGCCGGGAGGAGGGACCAGAAGGAUGGAGGGCCCGCCUGAAGCCUGUGGAUAAGAAAAACUCUGCUGGGAGGACUUUGGAGCCAAAGGAAGUACCUGUCCAGGCAGAGCCGAGGGCAGGGGAUACUCCCAGCAAAGUCUCCAGCAGCUCUAGCCCCAGCGCUCACAUCUUCUUGACUCCCGUUCAGAAUAAGAGGACACCAUGCCCGGCUGGUUCCGGGCCCAGCCCUGCAGCAGCCCCCUCUCCUUCUCUGUCACACCGCAAGAAACUAGCUGUCCCUCCCAGCCUUGAUGUUUCUGCUGAUUGGCUCCAGCCAGAGCUCAAGAAACAGGAAGCUCAGGCCAGGAACAGGAAGGAGGAGAAAACGCCCACCUGGGGGACAAGAGAGCGCUCUGCAGUCCUGGACAGUACACAUGGUGAGACUGUGACCUCCCCAGUUAGGCUGCACCCCGACUAUAUCCCCCAGGAGGAGCUGCACAGGCAGCUGCAGGAGAUUGAGAAUCAGCUCGACGCCCUGGAGCUCAGGGGUGUAGAGCUGGAGAAGCGGCUGCGGGCAGCCGAGGGAGAUGCUGCGGAGGACAGCCUCAUGGUGGACUGGUUCCGACUUAUUCACGAGAAGCAGCUGCUGCUGAGGCUCGAAUCAGAACUCAUGUACAAGUCUAAGGACCAACACCUGGAGGAGCGGCAACUGGACCUCCAGGACGAGCUGCGGAAGCUGAUGGACAAGCCAGAGGGUCUGAAGUCCCUCCAGGACCGCCAGCGGGAACAGGAGCUGCUGAGUCAAUAUGUGAACACCGUGAAUGACCGCAGUGACAUCGUUGACUUCCUGGAUGAGGACCGGCUCCGGGAACAAGAAGAGGACCAAAUGCUGGAGAACAUGAUCCAGAACCUGGGCCUUCAGAGGAAGAAGUCCAAGUUCCGAUUGUCCAAGAUCUGGUCCUCAAAGAGCAAAGGCGGGCAGACCUGAGCUGCCCGUAGCUGGCACCAGGGCCCUGGCCCUUCUCAGGAAGAGACUGGUGCUGGGACCCCAGAAGGAUGCUUGGGGGUGCCGGGGACCAUGCCUCCCACUCUGAGUCCCUGUAUCCUCAAU